AAUAAUAAUAAUAACAACGACUCGCCGACGAACCAUCACAGUCAUCAAGGAUCGGGUACUGCGAGCUCGCCACUCUACGGAUCGAUGACGAGGCUGAUGUACGUCUCUCCGUUGACGCCUCCAAUCUCAGACCCCGGCUCGCCUCUCGGUGGCCCUCCUAGACGGACUCCUCCGCCUCCUUACCCUCAGCCACCUAUGCUGAAUCCCUCGCACAGGAUUCAGAGCUCGGGGAUCGCUAAGUUUAAUCGCAGAAAUAAUCCUGAGCUGGAGAAACGCAGAGUACAUCAUUGCGAUUUUAUUGGUUGUACAAAGGUCUACACAAAAAGUUCGCACCUGAAAGCCCACCAGCGGAUACACACAGGUGAAAAACCAUACCAGUGCCAAUGGCCAGAAUGCGAAUGGAGAUUUGCCCGAAGCGACGAAUUGACCCGUCAUUACCGCAAGCACACAGGUGCUAAACCGUUCAAGUGUGCAGUCUGCGAGCGAUCAUUUGCGAGAAGUGAUCAUUUAGCACUGCACAUGAAGCGGCAUCUCCCUAAGCAACACGCCAAGUGA